AUGGUGGACCAGUUCACCAAGUGGGUCGAGUGUAUACCCUUACCAACUCAGUCAGCAGAGGAUACAGCUAGAGGUGCGGUUAAUCAUUUCUUUGCGAGAUUUGGUGUACCUUUUGAAUUUUUUUCAGAACAGGGCAGAAACUUUGAAUCUAAACUAUUCACUGAAGUAUGCUCUGCUCUAGAAAUUCACAAAGCACGAACCACACCAUACCGACCCUCUAGUAAUGGACAAGUGGAGAGGUAUAACAGAACCUUAAUGGACGCUGUGCGUUGUUUCAUAGGCAAAUCCCAAAACAAAUGGGAUCAGUACUUGCCACAAUUGGCCGGCGCUCUUCGUGCUUCGGUCAAUCGUAUGACAGGGUUUACACCAAAUAAGAUGAUGUUGGGUAGGGAAGUAAAUACUCCAGCCAGUUUGAUGUUCCCACAGGGUCAGAAUAAACAGGUAAGUCCAGAUGAACAUGUUACUUCGCUGGUAACAAGUCUACAGCAGGCUCAUGAAGUUGCUAGGAAAACACUAAAAACUAGCACAAAGAGAAUGAAACGUGACCAUGAUCUGAGAUUAUUUGAAAGAACUUACCAGGUAGGUGAUGCAGUCUAUGUCCUUGACACAGCGGCCGUAAAGGGUAAGUGUAAGAAGCUAUGUCCGCCUUGGAAAGGGCCCGGGGUAAUCGUCACAAGAUUGUCGUCUUAUCUUUUCAGGGUGAAGCAUAGGAAUGUAGUGUUUGUCGCUAAUCAUGAUCGAUUAAAACCAUGUCGAGACAGACAGUUGCCAAGCUGGAUCAAACACUGGAAGGCUAACCCCGAGGGCACUAAAACUGCAAGAGGGGACGACCGGGUCUAUUGCUUUUGCAGAAAACAAUGGCAGGGUAGAUUCAUGAUACAAUGUGAUCAUUGCGAGGAAUGGUUCCAUGGAUCAUGUGUGGAUAUUACUCCGACAGAUGCCUUGAACAUUGGCAUGUACCAGUGCGCGGAUUGUAAGGGUAGAACAUAA